CUCAGACUGCCGAUGUUACUGACAGGUAAAAUGGCUCAGAGAGGAGUUCAGCUGGAGAAAUUCUCCUGUUCCAUCUGUUUGGAUCUACUGAAGGAUCCAUUGACUAUUCCCUGUGGACACAGCUACUGUAUGAACUGUAUUAAAGACCACUGGGACGGAGAAGAUCAGAAGAGAAUCCACAGCUGCCCUCAAUGCAGGAAAACGUUCAGGCGAAGGCCUGCCCUAGAGAAGAACAUCAUGCUAGCAGAGUUAGUGGAGGAUUUUAAGAAGACUGGUCUUCAAGCUGCUCCAGCUGAUCACUGCUAUGCUGAACCUGAAGAUGUGGCCUGUGAUGUCUGCACUGGGAGGAAGAUGAAAGCUGUCAAGUCCUGCUUAACCUGUCCUGCUUCCUACUGUAGGGAUCACCUCCAACAUCACUUUGAUGCUUCACCAUUACAGAAACACAAGUUGGUGGAUCCCUCCAAGAACCUCCAGGAGAACGUCUGCUCUCGUCAUGAUGAGGUGAUGAAGAUCUUCUGUCGUACUGAUCAGCAGUGUAUCUGUUAUCUCUGCCUAAUGGAUGAACAUAAAGGUCAUGAAACAGUCCCAGCAGCUGCAGAAAGGACUGAGAAGCAGAAGGAGCUCCAGGUGAGUCGACAACAAAUCCAGCAGAGAAUCCAGGACCAAGAGAAAGAUCUGAAGCUGCUUCAUCAGGAGGUAAAGGCAAUCAAUGUCUCCGCUAAUAAAGCAGUGGAGGACGGCAAGAAGGUCUUCACUGAGCUGAUCCAUCUCAUCCAGAAAAGAAGCUCUGAUGUGAAGCAGCAGAUCAGAUCUCAGCAGGAAACUGAAGUAAGUCGAGUCAAAGAUCUUCAGGAGAAGCUGGAGCAGGAGAUCACUGAGCUGAAGAGGAAAGAUGCUGAACUGGAGCAGCUCUCAAACACAGAGGAUCACAACCAGUUUCUCCACAACUACCCCUCACUGUCAGCACUCAGUGAGUCUACACACUCAUCCAGCAUCAAUAUUCGUCCUCUGAGAUACUUUGAGGAUGUGACAGCAGCUGUGUCAGAGCUCAGAGAUAAACUACAGGACCUCCUGAGAGACACAUGGACAAACAGCCCAUUAACAGUCAGUAAAGUUAAGGUUUUACUUUCUGAUCCAGAAACAAAGCCAGAAUCCAAGACCAGAGCUGGAUUCUUAAAAUAUUCUCAAAGAAUCACUCUGGAUCCAAACACAGCAAACAGGAAACUAUUAUUAUCUGAGGAGAACAGAAAAGUGACAGCGAUGGAACGACAACAGUCUUAUCCUGAUCAUCCAGACAGAUUCACUGAUAUUUGCUUUCAGGUCUUGAGUAACGAGAGUCUGACUGGUCGUUGUUACUGGGAGGUGGAGUGGAGAGGAGGAGUUGAAGUAGCAGUUUCAUACAAGAACAUCAGCAGAGCAGGAGGGUCUGAUAAAUAUAGGUUUGGAUUCAAUGACAAAUCUUGGUCAUUAUGUUUUAACAAAAACAGUUACACAUUUUAUCACAACAACAUUGAAAUUCCAGUAUCAGGUCCAGUUUCCUCCAGAAUAGGAGUGUAUCUGGAUCACAGAGCAGGUAUUCUGUCUUACUACAGCGUCUCAAGAACCAUGACUCUCCUCCAUAGAGUCCAGAACACAUUCACUCAGCCUCUACAUGCUGGGAUUAGGCUUUAUUAUUAUGAGAAUGGAGCCUUUGCUGAAUUUGUUAAACUGAAAUAGUUAGACAUAUUCAGUCAUUGUUGCUGAGAGCUCAUUGUUGUGUUAUUUCUUCACUGCUCAGAGAUCAGCUGUCUUUAUGGAGCUACUUUGUCAUAUUGUUGGUUGUUUUGUUGAUGUUGGAGUUUGUUUGGGUGCUGCCCCUUCCUGUUUCUGUUCAGCCAUGGAGGCUAUCACUGCUCAGGAGGAUUUUAUUCACCUAAACUGAUUACAUUCACAUUUAUUGCUUUGUCAGACCAAAUGUUGUUGUUGUUCAAAUCCAUGUACAGAUGAGCUGAUGGAAACUGUAAUUAUCAUGAUCAUCAUCAAUCAGGACAUCAGUCAUUAUUUUAUCGGACAAACAUCAGAUUCUGGAUCAAACUGAUUGUAGAAAUGAAUUAAAAAGUGCAGAAAAUUACUGAACACGAGUCUUUAUCAGAGUUUACUGUUCUGUGUUUCAAAUAAAUUGACACAUUGUCUUUACAUUUUUAUAGUUUACAUUUUCUUUAGUGCAGACAAGUCUCUCCACUUACCUUUCAUCCUCAGCAUCCAGACCUGCCAGAUUUCCAGUGUUUUUUCCCUCUCUCUCGUUUGCUAUAAAUAAAUCUGAUAAAACGUUA